GGAUUGAGUCACUUGGCAAAAACAAAAAACAAAAUGAAAUGUUCAAACCAAUUAUUAAUUAGUCAUCUUUUAAUUAGUAGACUAAAAAGCUCAAAAAUAAAUUACAUUUGUAGACUAGCGAAAGAGAAGUAAAGUUUUUUUUUUGUUUUAGAUUCAAAGUAAAGUUAUCUAUCGGACAAAAGGUGAAUGCACUUUAACUAACGGGUUCGCCGCUUUCACUGGUCUCCUCGCCGCAAAUUAACCUCAGUUGCAAUCGCAAGGAACAUAGAAGCUAAUGGCAUUUCGAUCGAUAAGCAGGAGGUUUGGGAGCAGAUUAUUGACUUACCGUUCCUCUUCUCUUGCUUCCCUUCUUCAUUCUCACGCCACAAGUUUCGGGUUUCAAGAAGUAAAGGAAGAGGAGAAGAGCAAGUUGGUUGGGAACGUUUUCACCAAUGUUGCUUCCAGUUAUGAUAUCAUGAAUGAUGUCAUGAGCGGUGGCUUGCAUAGGCUUUGGAAGGAAAGACUCGUUGGGAAGCUGAGUCCAUUUACUGGGAUGAAGCAUCUUGAUGUUGCCGGUGGAACGGGUGAUGUUGCGUUUAGGAUUUUUGAUGCGGUUAACAGUGUGAAACGAAGAGCAUUGCGGAAAGUUGAUGAGGAAUCACUCGAAGAAACUCAGAUAUACGUAUGUGAUAUUAAUCCCAACAUGUUAAACGUUGGGAAACAACGCGCUGCCGAGAGAGGGCUAAGCGAUAACAAGUCACUCGUAUGGGUGGAAGGAGAUGCAGAGGCCUUGAGUUUCGAUGACAACUCAAUGGAUGGAUACACUAUUGCAUUUGGGAUAAGGAAUGUCACACACAUCGAAAAGGCUCUCGCGGAGGCUUAUAGGGUACUAAAACGGGGAGGAAGAUUCUUGUGCCUUGAGCUCAGCCAUGUUGACAUUCCGAUCUUCAAAGAUGUAUACGAUUUGUAUUCAUUCAAGGUCAUUCCAAACUUAGGGGAACUAAUUGCCGGUGACCGGGACUCUUACCAGUACCUGGUUGAGAGUGUUCGUCGGUUUCCCCCUCAGGAGAAAUUUGCAACGAUGAUAGCAGACGUAGGAUUUGAGAAGGUCGAGUACGAGAACCUUGUUGGUGGCGUUGUCGCCAUUCACUCUGCCAUUAAGCUCUGAUCUCUCUCUUUCUUUUUUCCUUCUGCAUUUUAUCUGUUUCCCAAACUGUAAAACUUCCAGACCUAAAAAAUAAAGCUCUGUCCAAGAGUGUGAAUUUGCUUCUUAA